AGGGGAGCGCGCGCUCCCGAGGACUCUAAGCCUUGUGCGGGCACAACGCUGGCUCCGCGAAGAGCAAGUCAGUGUUGGCGGAAGAAGCGGAGGCGGCGGCCGAGGAAGAGGGAGCCGAGCGGAGCCAGUCGGGCGCCAUGGAGGAGCUGAGCAGCGUGGGAGAGCAGGUCUUCGCCGCCGAGUGCAUCCUCAGCAAGCGGCUUCGCAAGGGCAAGCUGGAGUAUUUGGUGAAGUGGAGAGGCUGGUCUUCCAAGCACAACAGCUGGGAACCUGAAGAGAAUAUUCUUGAUCCGAGACUCCUCUUGGCCUUCCAGAAGAAGGAACAUGAGAAAGAGGUACAAAAUCGGAAAAGAGGCAAACGACCCAGAGGCAGACCAAGAAAAAAUGUUGAACCUGAAGCACCCUCCAAGAGCAAAUCCAGCAGCUCUUCCUCCUCCACCUCCUCUUCGACUUCCUCUUCUGACGAGGAGGAUGAAAGUGACCUUGAGACAAAGAGAAGUCAGCGGAACAGAGAAAGUCACCCAGUGCCUCAAAAAAAAGCUCAGAUUUUAGUUGCCAAACCCGAAAACAAGGACUCCGCUAGGAAGAAACGUGGACGGAAGCCGCUGCCUCCAGAGCAGAAGGCAGCCAAGAGGACAGUCAACCUAACCAAGGUGCUUAAAACAAAUAGAAAGGAGUUAGGGGGAGGAGGAGGAGGAGGGGGGUCCAAAUUGGCAAACAAGAUGCCACCACAACACAAUGCUCAAAGUUCUGGCAUUGCUAUGCUUAAAUCUCACAUGAAGGAAGCCCAAGGUACCUUCGGUGGCUUUUGUUCUGGAGCAUCCUCCAAUGAAAACCUCUCCAACCUAGUGAAGAAUACUACCGUUGGAAGCCCAAAUUGCGGUAUCAGCUGGCAAAGCUCCAUUGUCCAUUAUAUGAGUAGGAUGUCACAGAACCAGAGCUCCGCAGAUGCCUCUGCAGUGGGACGACUGACUCUGAAGUCAGCUAUGUCCUGCAAGAACAGCCUAGGUUUGGAUUUAAAACUGAAAAACCAGAAAGGUUCCGGAAACCUAGAAUUGACUGUGCAAGGAUCCAAAGUGACCAAGAGACCGAGUGGCAGUUCCCUGGGGGAACAAAAGGCGGGGAACUUGCACAACGGCAACAAAGUUCCUUCUGGAUCUCCCAGCAGCCUGCCAGCUUGCAACCAAGAGCUCAACCUACAAGCUUUAAAUCUGCAAAGUGUGAAGAAUGGGCCAAACUCUUCCAGCAGUAGCCAUAUUUCUCACCAUGGCUGCGGGGCGGCUGGCAAAAGCAGUGGCAACAGUUUAGCAACAAAGACAAGUGCAUCCAAGGGCAGCGGGUCGGGGAGCAGCCAGAACAUCGCCAGCACAGGGGCAACAUCAGCAGAUGCAGACCCUUGCAAAGGUGAGAAAUCAGCACCAAGAGCAGCUCUUAGUGAGAGAGAUGUAGCUACCAAGAGUAAUACUACCUGUGCCCAGGAAGGAUGUCCCACAAAAGAUAAGACUUCAGGCAUGUCAGAAGGGAGCACCGGAGAAGAGGAGACUAGCUCUGAUUCUGACAGAGAUUCUGCUUCUUUUCCUGGAGCAGACCAGAAUACAUCUGUUUCCAUCCAGACAAACCAAGACUGGAAACCUACCCGGAGUCUUAUUGAACAUGUUUUUGUCACAGAUGUGACAGCUAAUUUGAUCACAGUAACUGUUAAGGAGUCACCGACAAGUGUGGGCUUUUUUAACCUAAGACAUUAUUGAGCUCCAAGGCAGAUAAGCAUUAUUCCUCAGUCUCAUUUGAAUCUCCCUUUACUGUCCCCUUGGAUAUUAGAAGGAGAAGCAAACCACAGUAGUUAGCAACCGGAGAAAUAAGGUUAGGGGCUCUUUUUCAAGAGUUUUGGCUUUACUCAUGUUACUCACCAAUGUGGAGGAGUGCAUUGAAAACUACAACUCCAUGCUUUGCUGUGCUUGAACACUUUAGCUAUAUGAUUUGAAAGACCAGAGGAUUUAUUCAAGAGAAUAAAUAUAUACUGGGGUGUGCGUGUG